CCCCGAAAACCGAACACAUUUCCAGUUCCGCAUAUCCUUUGAACCGAAAAUUUGUUGUUCCCGUGUCGCGCGUUGUGUGUUUCCAAAGUUGGAGCCUUACUUUAUAUUUUGUGGUGCACAAAAAUAGAGCAGUUGCAAGCGCAGGCUCUUCUCCUGAAAAAAGAAAAAGGAAACUUUUGAAGUCUCUCUCUGUUCACCCACCUACCACCACACCCUACCACAUUUAAUCAGCAAUGGCCGCGUAUGCUGCAUUCAAACACGUCGAGCUUUACAACGUGGGCAAAGCCAAGAAAAGGGUGCUGAGGCCUCCAGGCGGCGGUUCCAGCGACAUCUUCGGCUCGGAUAUGCCGCAGACACCCAGGAACGUGAAGAACCGCAUGGUUUCCAACAUAUUCUCCGUCGAGAAGGAUAAUAGCGUGAAGAACACCGUACGACAAGGAGCUCACAGAUUCUAUUUCAUUGGUGAUAAUCCGCGUCGCGGUCAGAAGACUGUCGACUCACACUCUCGACUGUUUGGGGAGCCCAUGCGUCCCAUCACACCUGGCAAGAACCACAUGAAGAGCAGCAUUCCCUUUGGCCAGAACACAGAGACUGCCGCUGCCCAGAAGCUGCUGACCAAUGGCAGCAGCACCACCAACGGAGCCACCGCCAAUGGCCACUAUAACGGAAAGAGCGGAUCCGUGUCCUCGGCCUCGUCGUCAGUCUCGUCCUCGACCGAGAACCUCAAGAUGAACAGUGGCUCCCGAUCAGUCUUCAUCCGCAAUAUGAGCAGAGCUGAAGAAUUCGCAGAAUCCAAACAAAAUAAGCAAGCAAUCAAUAAGGAGUGUCCCGAAGUUCUUGACAUCGACCAGCCGUGCCUGGACCUCGAAGUGGGAGACGUGCCAAAGGACAACGAGAUCUAUACGGAGUCCGGAAAGCGCGACGUCCGCAUACAGUCGCGUCAAGACUCUGCCAGCAACGUGAAGCAGCCACACUCUCUGGACAAGAUGCACAACGAACCAGAUCUCAAGGAGCCCCUGUCCCUCUGCCCCGACUAUGGGAAGGAGGCGCAUGAUCCGUGCAACGCACGCAAUCCCAUCACGGGUCUCGGCCUCAACGGGGAUGGCGUGGGUGGCCUGAAGCCCGUGAAGCAGAAGAUUCGAGAGGGAAAUCCCGUGACCGGUGAGGGAUACAGGCCCGGUGGAACGGACUACAUCCAGGCCGCCGGCUCGACCAAUAACGGCAGCAACGGCGGUAACAAUGGCAACGGUGGCAAUUCGGUGGUCAACAAGAACCGUGUGCCCCCGGGCGGCUACUCGUCGGGACUCUGGUAAUGGAAAGGGACGCUGCCCAAGUCCCAGUACAAGCGAGCGACAUGGGCCACCAAUACAAGCGACACCAGAAGAAAAACAAGCGACAA